AGGAACCGAGCCAGAGUGCAGGAACUGGUUGGAUAAUGGAAGGAGCAAGAUCAGAAGCACAGAGACAGACAAGGUUAGUUGGCCAGGGGUCCAGGGGGCACGUGGCAGUAGUUGAUUUCAACAGUAAGCCGGAGACAUCAGCAAUGGAGAGAGGAGGAGGAGAGGGCAGGAGGGGCAACUGGAGGAGCGCCAAGGUGGUCAAGUAAUAGACUGGGUUUGUGGCGGGAGAGUGUAGAAUAGAUGUUGUCAAUUUUGUUGAUGGGUAAGAGAGGAGGAUGAACAGGAGAUGGAUCUGUCGGUGGCUGGAUGUAGGAUUUGGCACUUGCAGCUAUUACUACUGUGCCUUGCAGCCACAUUUAGUCAGUUCCUGGCAACUUGUUGCAGUAGGUGUAAGAGUAGUCCAACCGAUCUGCCACGGUUCACCUUGUUUGGUACAUCUCCAGUUAGCAGGACUUUGGGUGUCUGGCCCCAAUAUGUAUCCUGCCUGAUCCAUGACCUCUGUUUCUGAAUGAAGAGGUCCAGCCUUGCAUCAUUAACAUGUGUAGCUGUACUGGACCAGUCAUACAAAUUUCUCCAAGAUCUGUCGAUUUUCAGGUGUGGUUACCUAACCGAUAUGGGGUCGGUUAGGUAGCAUUUGGGACACAAAAUGAUUGCUACAUGUUGAGCACAAAUCAUUGACACUGAGCCCCAUGCUGAGUUCCACAGCAGUGAUGUCGCCAGUGUGUCCUGGUAGUGUUUUGACGUCACUCUGUGUCACGAUGUUUUUUCUCCUGAACAUCUGACUGCACUAGCAACUACUUGGAGCCAUAGGUGAGAGUUGGGGUGAGUAAUGAGGACCCGUAUCGCUAGUCCAUCCAGAGGAUGUGGCUGACUGCUGAAGCAAAGGUACUUCUUCUACUACUAAACUACUACUACACCCUUACACAAUUAGUAAUAUACUACAAAUAACAUUGAUCGUGCCAUGCAACAGCACUUAUUUUACAUCAUUGCAACUUGAAAUGCUAAAAAGGAACAUUGGAGGCAUUUAUAGCUAGCAGAUUUAGUUUCAGCAAGGUCAAAAACAUAUAAAUAGACACUAAGACCACUGACAUUGGACAACUGUCGAUUUCUGUGUCUCAAAUGGACAUUGGUGGAAAUGAGAAUGUCUGUGCCAAGUUUCAUGUUCGUAUCCUCAUUUGAACAAAUCCUCCCCCAAAUUAUCCGCUGUACAAUUAGGGCUAUAAUUAUAAUGAAUUGCUAUUUGUGUUACUGUAGUAAUCUGUCAGAUUAUCAAACUCAAUUAUUUACACUCUUUUCUGCCCUAUUAUAUGAAUGUCAAAAUUCUUAGAAAGCCAUUAAAAAUAGCAUUCCCAAGUUGCUAUACACUGUACAAAAUGAAAACAAAUACAUGUACGCUAUGAAAUCGAUUUUUAACUUUUUAAAAUGGGCCUCAAGUGUCCAUAGUCUGUUUAUCCUUUCAUUUCCUUUUCCUCUAUUUGAACCAUAAUAUCCUUGUUGAGUGAACUGCAUUCUGUUCAUUUAACCUCUGUCUUCUGUUGUUUGGCACCCUUCUGCUUUACAAAGUCAUUCCUAUUCCUUGUUACAAUAGAUCACUCCCUGGGGCAGCCAUUGCUGAGUUUCCUCUUCAAUUCACAUUAAUAUCGAUGUGAAGAUAUAUGUACAUGGAUUUAUGCCAAAUGGUGUCUAACAGCUGGCAUCUGCUAAUCUGGUGGUAGCUACGACAUGGUACAUUAUGGGCACUCUAACCAACUACGCCAGGCACAUGCCAUGGGUGACUACCUCAUUGUUGGCGUGCAUACAGAUGAGGAAAUUGCAAAGCACAAGGGCCCCCCAGUGUUUACCCAGGAGGAGCGCUACAAGAUGGUCCGCGCAAUAAAAUGGGUUGAUGAGAUUGUGGAAGGAGCCCCGUACGUCACCACCCUGGAAACUCUGGACAAGUACAACUGUGAUUUCUGUGUGCAUGGAGGUGAACCACUACAUCUGCAUCUUCGCUAUUCAGCAAUAUCCUCUCCCAGUCAGGGUUCUGAUGAUAUUACUCUGACUGUUGAUGGGAAAGACACAUACGCUGAGGUCAAAAAUUCAGGAAGAUAUCGGGAGUGCAAGCGCACGCAGGGUGUUUCCACUACAGACCUGGUUGGCCGAAUGCUCUUGAUGACUAAAACUCACCACAGCAACAUUGAUAAAAAUUCAGAGUAUCAGCAGCACACAGACAACUUUGGAAAGAGUCCCAAAGGCCACAGUCCCUGGACUGGAGUCUCUCAGUUCCUGCAGACCUCUCGGAAAAUCAUCCAGUUUGCUUCAGGGAAGGAGCCGCAGCCUGGGGACACCAUUAUCUACGUGGCAGGGGCCUUCGACCUCUUCCACAUCGGCCACGUUGACUUCCUGGAGAAUGUGUACAAGCAGUCAGACAAGCCUUAUGUCAUUGUUGGGCUGCAUUUUGACCAGGAAGUGAACCGUUACAAAGGAAAGAACUAUCCCAUAAUGAAUGUGCAUGAGAGGACUCUGAGUGUGCUGGCCUGCAGGUAUGUCUCAGAAGUGGUGAUUGGAGCUCCCUAUGCAGCCACCCCAGACCUGCUGGACCACUUCAAGGUGGACCUGGUUUGCCAUGGAAAAACAGAAGUCAUCCUUGAUAAGGACAACUCUGAUCCCUAUGCUGAGCCCAAAAGACGGGGCAUCUUCAGGGUAAUUGACAGUGGGAAUGAGCUCACCACCGACGCCAUUGUUGAGAGAAUAAUCAAGAACAGGCUGCUGUUUGAGGCUCGAAACCAGAAGAAGGAAGCGAAAGAGAUGGCGGUGUUUCAAGCCUUGAAGAAACGUGAGGAGGAGAAGAUGAAGGAACAACAGAGGGGUCUGGUGAACGAGGAGCAAGAGAACUGAAGAGGAACAAACCAAACGUUGAAGCCAGGCGGCAUCCAGAUCAAGUCAACAAACGAAAUCCCAAACCCCUUGUAAGAGGAGUCCCAUCUCGCUGGUGGACACAUUGGAAUUGCUAUAGAUGAACUCCAGCGAUGGUCUUUUUCUGAGCAUAUUAUCUGCUUUUAUCAGCCAAUAUGAACUGUUCUUAUCAAUCAACUGAACUCCACUGGAUUUAAUGAUCCUUGCUAGCUAACUUUGGGUGCUCUCUUUACUUUGCAAUCAGCACAUACCUCUUGUACUUUUCCUUAGGGGCUUUAGAGAAUAUAGUCCUGCAAAAGUUUUGGGUGAGAGAAUGCACUUUAAUCACUAGUGGAAGAUGACUGUGGUGUCUCCAGUAAGAACACAGCAAUUAAUGUAUUCAUUCUUUAGUAUUUGUACAUUCUGUGUCUCGCCUCCAUGCAAUUGUCAGCCUUUCAAAGCGUGACCAAAAUUAUAAACGUUUUUUUUAAAUAAGAGCACAUAUCAAAUUAUAUUUUAUUAGGUACGGAACAUAAAUGAUCCAAACCGAAGAAAACAAAAAAUCCAUUGCAUGCCUUGAAUGUGUGUCCUCAUUUUUAAAUAUUCUUGUCUAGGUCAGAUCUGGGAUCUACAUAAAACAAUCCUGAACACGCAUCAUUUGUGAUAUGCUAAACAUAGCACUUACUACUUUUAAUCUAAAGAAAUGAAUACCUGCUAACUGUAAAGGGGUAUUUUUAAGCAUUUUAAACUAAGCAAAAAAAAAUGAAAAUAAAAAAAGCGAUUUGUAAAUAACACAAAUUGAACUUUAAUUUUCAUGCUUUUUAACUAAUUUAUUUUUGAUCGGAUACAAGUGACCUAAUUUCAUCUAUUGGUCCAUCACACGUUUGCACAUUUGUUGGGAUCGUUCGUUAUCACUAUUACCUGUUGUUUUGUGUACAUUUGUAAUGUCCGUGAGAUUCCCCACCAUUUUUAAAGAUUUGGAUGAGUCUCUCUGUGUAUGUGUGUGUGUGCAAGACUGAGAAUUUCUCUGGCUUAAACAAUGUGGCAGGAGGACUGGUGAUGGGAAGUUUGAGGAUUUUGCCUCCUGGAGACCCGGGUUCAAAUCCAGCUAAGGGAAUCGGUGAGAUGGGUUUUAUGGUUUAUACUCCAAGACCAUUAACAUUUUAUUCUCUAUGAAUAAAAAUUGUUCAAGUCAGGGUCAAGGUUCAUUGGCAGAACUUUGUGGGGAAAAUUAUUUAUUCAGACUAAAAUAAGGACUUUAUUAUAUGAAACACACCAGGAUAAAAUAUCAUUAUUGGAAUUUGAUUUUAGUUACUGUAUUUUUUUUUUUUUAAUGGACCAUUUUAAAUUGACCUCUUUUGAUAAAUUUAUAAUAUAAUUUAUUGAUCUAUUGAUUUAUAAACCCUGGAGAUUAUAUAUAUAUAUAU